AAAAAGAGUCGGUUCGAGUAGAACCGAUCGCUUGAGAGCGACUCUGUGCCGGUGGCGGCAGGGAAGCUGCCCAAAAUGGCCGCUAGUCACUAUUACGGAUUCCCACACGGCGCUGCCGGCCCGCAAUACAGCUCCCAGCCACCUCCUGCGUAUUCCCAUCAAACCACUGCCAGCUACAGUGUCCAGCCUGCCCCUGGAGCAGCCAAUGUGGUCACAGCCUCAUAUGCUCCUGCCACCGCACAGCCCACCCGGCCGGUGGCGUCUCCAGCUUACCAGACCUACCAGACUCCCACUGCUCCAGAUUACGGUUACCGUCAGCCGGAAACCACUCCUCAGCCAACCACCAGGCCUCAGAGCUACCAGGUCUUCACAGAAGCGGAGAACUACAACUACGGACGGCCAGCAUCAACCAGUAGUGUCUAUGAAAAUAAGCAGUACUAUCAGACAAGUGUCGCACCAACUCAGUGCACCCCCACCGAAACCUAUUUUCAGCAAGAUCUGAAAAGUGGCUAUAGACCUACAGCCUCAGCGUACAGCCAGCCUGCUCCACAAAGACAGGUUACAGCCCUCAAACCACUGCCUCCCGUCAGCUCUGUCUCAUCCAGCUACAACAUUUACUCCGCUACGACCAGCGUACAGCAGCAGCCAACUCCAAUAUCCACUUACACCCCCAGCUCCUCCUACAACUCCACAGCUGCCACCUCUUACUCUGGUCUCAGCUACUCCAGUUACGAAUCAAGUGGCUAUACUUCAACCACAUCAUACUAUCAACCAUCCCAGCAGCUGGGCCCUCCGCAGACCCCAGCUCAGCCCCAGGCCCCUUCCCAUCAGCCUCAGCCUCAACCUCCUCAGCAGCAAACCCAGCCACCCGCUAAGCCGCUGACCAGUGCCUCCUGGAGCAGCACCGGAAACAGCAUGGUCACUAGUCCUGCUGUCAAUACAUACAAGAAGCCCAUGUUCCAUCAGAAUAAGGUCCAAAAGCCCAAAGGCCCUCCCAAGCAGCCUCAGCUGCACUACUGCGACAUCUGCAAGAUCAGCUGCGCUGGUCCUCAGACGUACAGAGAGCACCUGGAGGGUCAGAAGCACAAAAAGAAGGAGGCGUCCCAGAAGUCUGGCUCUCAGGCCACUAACGGACCACGUGGUGGUGUGCAAACGCAGCUGCGGUGUGAGCUGUGUGACGUCUCCUGCACUGGUGCAGAUGCCUAUGCAGCUCACAUCCGGGGGGCUAAGCACCAGAAGGUAGUGAAGCUGCACACGAAGCUCGGCAAACCUAUUCCCUCCACGGAGCCGGUUUUGGUAAACUCUGCCCCUGUUCCUGUGACUACAACAUCUGGAAAACCCACAGCUCCUGCUGUAGCUCCAGCUUCUCCCAGGGUGCCACAGAAACCCAUUGAACCAAACCCUACCAAGGGUCCACAGCCAGCUAAGAAGCCUGCUCUGUCCAAAGCCUCUGUCAUAGCCAAUAAAGCUGCUGCUCCAGAGCCAGUGAAGGUGGAGGAAGUAAAACUGGCAGUUUUGAACCAAGACCCUCUGAGUGAUGAUGAAGGGGAUAGCUGUGGUGCUCAGGGAGACAUUCAGCCGGUGGGGCAUGACUAUGUGGAGGAGGUUCGUAAUGACGACGGUAAGGUGAUUCGCUUCCACUGUAAGCUGUGCGAGUGCAGCUUUAAUGAUCCAAAUGCUAAAGACAUGCACCUGAAGGGCCGCAGACACCGGCUUCAGUACAAGAAAAAAGUAAACCCAGACCUGCUAGUGGAGAUCAAACCCAGUAACAGAGCACGGAAACUACUGGAAGGCAAGCUGAGAAAGCAGAAGCAGAAAGCUGUGCUGAAGCGGCAACAAGAAGAUGAGCAUCGUUGGCACAUGGAGAUGAGGAGGUAUGAGGAGGACAUGUACUGGAGGAAGGCAGAGGAGGAGCAUUUGUACUGGGGGGAGCAAAGACGCAGGAUGGCGCCCCCGCCUCUCAUGAGUCGCCCUGGAAUGCCUGUGCCCCCUCUACUGCCUGUUCGACGUCCGGAUUCUCCGGAUGACCGCCACAUCAUGUCCAAACAUGCCACCAUCUACCCAGUGGAGGAGGAGCUGCAGGCCGUGCAGCAGAUCGUUUCGCACUCUGAAAGAGCCCUUAAGCUGGUGUCUGACUCUCUGCUGGAACAGGAGACUGUCUCACAGGGCAAAGAAGAAAUGGAUAAGCAAUUGGACUCUCAGAGCCGUAUGCUGAAGGGGGUAAUGAGGGUGGGGAUACUGGCCAAAGGCCUGCUGCUACAUGGAGAUAGGAAUGUUCAGCUCAUCCUUCUAGCUGCCAAAAAACCCACCAUGUCCCUGUUAAACAGCAUCGCUGAGCAGCUUCCUAAACAACUAAAGACUUUUUCUGAAGAUCAGUAUGAGGUGCAGGCUCACCCCGAGGAAGCCAACAUCGUCAUUAUUUCCAGCAAGGAACCAAAAAUGCAGGUCACCGUUUGUCUCACCUCACCAGUGAUGCGGGAAGACCCUGCCUCAGGCCCGGAGGAACAGGCAGGCCUCAAGCUGCCUGAGAAAGUGCCUGAAAAGGAUCCUCCAGACGUUCUAAACAGGAAAAAGUGCCUUGAGUAUUUGGCUGCCCUUCGACACGCCAAAUGGUUUCAGGCUCGUGCCAAUGGUCUCCAGUCUUGUGUAAUCAUCAUCCGUUUGCUCAGAGAUCUCUGCCAGCGUGUGCCCACCUGGGGAAAGAUGCCAGCCUGGGCCAUGGAGCUGAUGGUGGAGAAAGCUAUCAGCAGCGCAUCAGGUCCUCUGAGUCCAGGAGAGGCCAUGCGGAGGGUUCUGGAGUGCAUAGCAAGCGGAAUCCUCCUUCAAGAUGGUCCAGGCUUGUUUGACCCCUGUGAAAAAAUCCAGACGGAUGCGCUGGGGUGCAUGACUAAACAAGCUAGAGAAGAUGUAACUGCAAGCGCUCAGCAUGCUCUGCGGUUGUUAGCGUUUCGUCAGGUCCAUAAAGUUUUGGGAAUCGAAUCUCUGCCAGCAUCCAAGGCCAGUGCUCGAAACCGCAAAAGACGAAGAGAUGGUACAGACAUAUGUGAGGGGGAAGGCGAAGGAAAGAAAGACAAAAAAGAUGAUUCACUAGAUGCUUGAAAUAUACCAGAACUUACUGGCAUCUUUAUUAUGUGUCAUUAUUUAUUUUCUCUUAGAAAUAAUAAAUGAAUAUGUGUCACUAAAAUGGGCAAAAGUAACAGUCUUGACAUUUCUGCAGUUUUAACGCAAAGGGCAAGAAAUUAAGAAAUGAUCCCUCCCUUUCCUCUUUUUAUUACUGCUGUACUAAGAAUAGAUUUAGGAAACGAUGAUGUUCAAAAUAAAAAAAUGCAUUCCAUGUUUGGUGUAGCAGAAAGCAUCUAAAUACUGCUACUAUAAGAUCACUGAUCAGUGUGUAACACUGUUACUAACCUGAUGUAGGCACAUUUAUUCAGUAAUAGCACUUAAAACUAAAAGCUUUAACCACUUAAAUAGAGGCCAGUUGCUUUAUUUUUAUUUUGAUGUUUACACAAGACCUUAGAUUAUGGGUCCAGCCUAGCCUUACACUAAAAGUGUAAAUACUUUUACGACUAGGCUUAAUUUAUGUGUUGGGAAAACCAAUCCCUAAUGUAUAUCACUGAAAAGAGAUUUGAGUUUACAUAGUCCGAAACUCAAUCAUAAGACGUAUAGGACUUAAUAAAACUCCACCGACAGCUUAUAAAGUGAAAAAAGGUUCAAUACUGUAAGAAAUGUUCUCAAAAAGAGAAACAGUUUUGUCUAGUUGUUUGUGAAACAAACAACUAAGGUUGAAAAUUAGAAUACAUUUGUUGGGGCAAUACCAGUAAAUUAAUCAAGGGUUCAUGUGAUUUUUGUUUCAGUGGCAAUUGUUUUUCUUUUUUCUCUUUUGCACAUAAAUAUAUCAUAUAUUGUGAAGCUCUUAAAGUAUGACUGAGGUAGAGGGGGUGUUCGUGUCAUAGCAGCUUGUUUGUGAUUUGUAUGGAGGGGAGAAAGCAGAUUUUACACACUUUUGUUCUGAAAGUGCGAUGAUGAUGGUGAGGAUGAUGUUGAUGAUGAUGUUACUGUUCUCUUCCUUGUGCCUGAAAUUAAGGGAGUUCAAACGGGCAAAUUAAAGUCUACUUGAAAUGUGAAGAAGAUGAGUGAAUAUUUUAGUUAUUUCAUACUGUGAUAACAUAAUGCAAUAGUUUUAUUAUUAUUAUUAUUAUUAUUAUUAUCAUUAUUAUUAUUAUUAUAUUUGAGGAUGCAACAUCCUGUGCAUUUCUAUAUAAAGUAUAUUUUGUUCUGUUUUUUUUUUUUCUUUUUUUGACUUUAGUUUCACUGGUUUUAUUGUGUUCUUUGAUUAUGGAGUGUUACAAUCGUUUUUAGGAAUGUUUAGUAGUGUUUAUAAUGGCGUGAUUUAUUUUUUAAAUGUCUCUGUAGUGCUAAAAAGUAUAAUAAACUAUCAGAU